UCCAAGACUUUCAUAAUUAUCUUUUCACGACAGGCGGACAAACAAGCCCCAGGAUGAGGAGCCUCCUUCAGUUUCUGGCGCUCGUUGCAGUGGCGUCUGUGUGCGUCUGCUACGAGUCUAAUGAAAGCACAGAGUCCAUUGAAGAUUUGUUUGUGCCUCCGAGCCGAGCCAACUCCUUCAUCUCAUCCCAGAGGGGCAGCGUGUACACCCAGCCCCGAGGGAACGGCCUCAACAAUUACAACCUUGUGAGGAAGUUCAAGUCCCCGGCGGAGCGGCGUGCCGAGACCUGUGAGGACUACUCUCCCUGCCGCUACUACGCCUAUCGCCACGGCUCCCAGCAGGCCUACCAGAGGUACUUCGCCUCCAGGACUCAGCCCCAGAGACCAGCGGCCCCCCGUCGAUACUAAACCCCAAGUAUCCCUCAACACCAUCAUCCAGAAAUCAAUGUAUCACUUCUUUUAUAUACUGUGUGUAGUAUGUGCGGCCUCUUAACACUGAGGUAUCCGUCUUAUGACAACCCGUCAUUAUACCUGUGUAGAAAUUCAUGGCCCAUCUCUUGUGUAAUCUCAGGAUAACUUUAAUCCCAUAUUAUCACACCUUCCCAGCAUUUAUGUGCUUUGCGUGAUGUAUACUCCAAGUGUUUUGCUCACUUUCCACUAACCUUUUCUUACGUUAUCUGCCUACUUAUCCAGGCAGGCACUGCUGUCAGUGAUUAUUCCCAC